AAACUGCCUGACAAGGCAACAGAGGAAACAUAUCAUCAGAAUUCCCCCUUUGGCAAUACCUGCUGAUUGGGUCCUAAAAACGCAAGCAGCUUUUAACUUUUAAUAUUUGGCUCCCGAGUUCUGCCACGAGUAGUCGCGAAAGAUAGAUUCUCCCUCAGUGUUUUUUGGAGGAGAGAAAUAAAAAUCCACCGGUGCAGAUUCGUUUUUCAUUUUUGUCCAAUCUUCAGUUAAAAUCGCAGUGCGCGUAGGAGCGCGCAUGUAGGCUUUCUGCUGGAGAAGUUUUAGAGAAACUUUAAGGAUGAUAUACCUUGGAUGUUUCCUGUUGCUCUGUGGGCUUACGCAUGUCAUGGCAAGUUAUCCCAUCUGGUGGUCACUAGCAGUGGGCCACCAGUACUCUUCACUGGGCACUCAACCCAUCCUCUGUGGCAGUAUCCCGGGUUUGGUGCCCAAGCAGCUGCGCUUCUGCCGAAACUACGUGGAAAUCAUGCCCAGUGUGGCCGAGGGGGUGAAGAUUGGAAUCCAGGAGUGCCAGCACCAGUUCAGAGGCCGACGCUGGAACUGCACCACCGUCAAUGACAAUCUGGCCAUUUUUGGGCCAGUUUUAGAUAAAGCUACUCGAGAGUCAGCAUUUGUUCAUGCCAUUGCCUCGGCGGGAGUGGCAUUUGCAGUGACCCGUGCCUGCGCUGAUGGUUCAGCCACAAUCUGCGGAUGUGACACACGCCACAAGGGCCCCCCUGGUGAGGGAUGGAAGUGGGGUGGAUGCAGCGAGGAUGUGGACUUUGGGAGCAUGGUGUCCAGGGAGUUUGCUGAUGCGAGGGAGAAUCGCCCUGAUGCACGCUCAGCCAUGAACCGCCAUAACAAUGAGGCAGGGAGAAUGUCCCUCAACGACAACAUGUUUCUCAAGUGUAAGUGCCAUGGGCUGUCAGGAAGCUGCGAGGUCAAGACGUGCUGGUGGUCUCAGCCUGACUUCAGAGUUAUUGGCGACUACAUGAAGGAUAAGUAUGACAGCGCAUCAGAGAUGGUGGUGGAGAAACAUAAGGAGUCCCGUGGAUGGGUCGAGACCCUGAGACCAAAAUACAACUACUUCAAACCCCCAACAGAGCGCGACCUGGUUUACUAUGAAAUCUCACCCAAUUUCUGUGACCCCAAUCCUGAGACCGGCUCCUUCGGCACCCGUGAUCGCAUCUGCAACCUGACGUCCCAUGGCAUAGAUGGGUGUGACCUGCUGUGCUGCGGCAGAGGUCAUAACACAAGGACUGAAAAGAGAAAGGAGAAGUGUCACUGUAUUUUCCACUGGUGCUGCUACGUCAGCUGUCAGGAGUGUGUGAGAGUCUACGACGUGCACACCUGCAAAUAAGGACAUAUGAUUCCUGUCUUUUCUCACCAAAAUUGAAAGACUUCAGUUGGCCGAUUCACAAAUACAGCAACUUAUCUACAAGACAUAAGAGACUGUAAAGCUGUGCGACCUGUGCAUGUACUCCAGUGGCAGGCGGCCUUGUGCUUUGUGCUGAAAAGAGCCAGUCCCUGCCUUGAUCAACUGAAAGUGUUGAUUAGAUGUUGACAUCAUAAAGCGCCAUUCAUGUGAACUGAUAUGAUGGCGAUGAUGACAACAAUGUUGAUAUCUCUAGCGAUGACGAAAGACUUCUGAUGUACUGAUGUAGGAAAGGAGAACUGUGGGCUGAUUGACAAACACCAUAUUGGUGAUUUUUUUUUCUUUCCUGUAUUCCAAGUAGUUAAUUUGUUAAGAAUAGUACAGCACUGCCAAUACUUUCAAGUCAAUGGGGCAAACAAUGAAAGUGUCACAUGUUCUUAUGUUUAUUCAUAAGUUGUUUUUUUCCAACAUGUUGCCAACUUACAUGACACUCAAUAGCAUGCAUUCUCCUCCUCAACUGUAUAUGUAUGUGUAUAUCUGAAAACUAACAUUGUCGUUGUGUGAGUGAGUUUUUUUUAAUAGUGUUAAUAUGUUACUGAUGUUUGGGUAAGAAUGCACUUGCACCUGAGUGAAUGUAGUUAUUAUGCUGCAAUGUGUUUACAUGUGCUCAAAUUAGUUAAGCUAACCAGUUAAUAUUUGCUUUCAAUGACAAUAUGAGCCGUAUCAACUGAACAAUUUCAAAACAAGAAUAUACACAUUUCCGGAAACACCUAAAAACACUGGAAGCUUUUUCUUAAAGGUGGGAUAGGUAAGUUUGAGAAACCGGCUUGAGAUACACUUUUUGUUAUA